AUGUAUAGACUGUUGUCCCCUAUGACAACUAGUACAGGUGUCCCCUAGCCAUAACUACCUGUAUGAUAGGCUACUUGUAGGUCUUAUAUAGUAGCGUGUACGUUGUAACAUGUACUCUCUAAUGUAAAGUGGCCCCUUUAUUUUUCACUCGGACUCCUGUGGUCUUGAAGGCCUAUUGAAAUGAGUCUGAAGCCCUGCAACAGCUAAGCGCUGGAUAGAAUUUCACAUUCUAUAUUUAAGUCCCCUGACUUGUGUCACAGGGCUAUUUAAAUGCCAACAGUCUUACUGUCAAAACAGCCUACAACAACAUGAUGGACCUGUUUGAGACCAACACUUAUUUUUUCAACGAUUUACGUUAUCUCGAGACGGACCAUGGGACCUUGGAUAUGCCUGGAGUGUCCCCACUCUAUGAGGGGAAUGACAGCCCUCUGUCUCCGGGACAGGAUCCGGUCCCGUCCGAGACGGGGUGCGAGAGCAGCGGGGAGGAACACGUCCUCGCGCCGCCGGGGCUGCAGUCUCACUGCGAGGGUCAGUGUCUUAUGUGGGCUUGUAAGAUCUGUAAAAGAAAAUCCGCGCCGACCGACCGGCGAAAGGCCGCCACUCUGCGAGAAAGGAGGCGGCUUAAAAAGAUCAACGAAGCGUUUGACGCGUUAAAGAAAAAGACGGUGCCCAAUCCGAACCAGAGGCUGCCCAAAGUGGAGAUUUUACGCAGCGCGAUAAACUACAUCGAGAAACUUCAGGACCUGUUGCAUUCGCUGGAUGAGCAAGAACAGAACUCUGACAGUGACCCUUACACAUACAACGUGAAAGAAAACCAUGUGGCUCCCAAUGAGUAUCACUGGAAAAAGACCUGCCAAAACUGGCAAGGGAUUCCAGAUCAUUCCAGCUCCCAGAUGGCCGAUCACCGAGAAGAAGCCGCAGUGGAGUCUUCAACGUCCAGCAGCCUUCGUCGCCUCUCCUCGAUCGUUGACAGCAUUUCCACUGAAGAGACGAAAGCUCGCUGUCCCGACCACCAGAUCACAGAAAAGUGAAGCUCAAGCAUCCACCUCACAUUUCCUACGUAUAUUUAUUUCCAUGAGCUAGUGUGAAUGUUCUAAAUGUAAUAGGCAACAACUUUUUAACAAUCAUGCUUAAAUAAUGCAUAACAGAUCAUGUUCAGUUCAACAAAUUAAUGAAAAUAUAUGUUCAUAAGAACAUUUCUAUGUAACAUGGCUUCCUGAAUGUAACUGUGUGAUCUGUUAAGCAUUGUAUAAUUAAAUAAUGUAUUUAUUACAUUGCAAAAUAUUAUUAUGAAGUGUUUCAAUGUAAUAUUUAGAUUUUUUUUUUCUUUUCUUUUUUUCAUAAAUGACCAUUCAGUGUAGUUGCUGCAGCUAAUUCCAGGUUUAUUUCAGGGUCAUUAAUAUCAGCAAAAUGAUUCCUGUCAAUUUAUGUAGUCUUUCUAAAAUGUACAUAUUUUGUAAUAUAUUGCUGUUACUUAAAUUAUUUUAUAAAUUAACCAGAAAAAUAGAGCACUUGAUCACUACCGGAUAUCUGUCCAACAUUAAAAAUAUCAAAGAUGUACUCUGCAUUUUUAUUUAAUUUAUUUUCAAAUUUGAAUGGUCAGUUAUUUGGUCAGGAUUUUACUGGUGAUUUUGAGGUUUUGAUAUGCCUGCAUCUUAUGAUGUGCCGCCUAUUGUCUUGUCAAAUUGAAUCAUGGCAUUAAACAAUGAAGACAUUCAAUCUUGUUAAGGUUUAAAUUAAUUUAGCACCUAUGUAAGAUCGUCAUACUCGUUUGGUUGAAUCUAUUUUGAGUUGUAACAUUAACUUAAAGGUCCCAAGCUGAAGAUAACAGGCAUCUAUGGCUCGCAAGGAUGGCCAACCACCAAAUGUCCUCAUUAAACCCAUUGAAUUAAGAGCCCUCUGUAUUCCACCACCAGCCUUGACCAGUCAAGCCAGCAGCUCUCCCAGAUUUACGAGUAUUAACGGAGUGUAAAGUAUGACUGGCCCUGAAAUAGCCCUGGCCUUGCCUGUUAGUUCCAGCUGGUAGGGCAGGACUCAGGAUUGGCUGCAAUGAAACCCACCGUAUCUGUCUCAUGAUCUGAAGUAGAAGGUUGGUCAGGGGAAAAUAUUGCAAAGCUGUAAGCAGCAUGACAGCUAUCAUAAUGUUAGAGGCUGUGAGGGUUUUCCCCUCGAAUGAAGCGUUGGGUUGCAUCGCAUUUAGUGGUCAGGUUUAAUUUGCGAGUGGGAAUGCAUGUGAGCUUGGCAAUUAUCCAUCGGUAGAGCUGAUUUGUUGGUGCUCCCAAGUUCCUCUGCAGCGUUUCCAUCUCGCACAGCGUGCUGUCUGUCAGGACCGGCUCUCUGAUCUUUCCAUUUAACACACUGCCACCUUUGACCUCAUCACAGACACAAGUUAACUUAUGUACUCAAACUCUCAAAUGACUCGGAAUGACCAGUGACCUGCACAGCACACAUCUGGGAAACAAUGCUUUAAGGGGGAAAUUCAUGUUUCAUUAAAACCUCCAGAAAUAAGAAACUUAUUAUGUUAGAAUUAGAUGUAUAACUUAUAUAUUGUAUAUACUUGUCUUUUUCACAAUGUCUUUUGAAUCCGAUGUUGAUUAAAAGCUCACCGUAAAAAUAGAGCCUGUUGGUCUGAUACAUGAUUGUUUAUUUGAUGUGAUUGGUGGAUGCUGUACCAUUUGACUUUCCUUUUAGUUAGUUGUAAGUUUGAAUCUGUCUUUGUUUGUAUUUAAAUGAGUCGUUUUGCACUUGCAAUAUUUUAGCCCCGAUGAAGGCAUGUGUGCCAAAAAGUACUGAGGAAAUAAAUAAUAUUAUUUUUAUUCCGUUCCACUUUCGGAUUAUUUUGGCUUCUCUAUUUCAAAACUGCUGCUGCUGUACUCAAACAGAAAUUAAAAUGAAAUAUAAAACUGGGGUCAAUAAGAUUUUUUUAUGUUUUUGAAAGAAGUGUCUUUUGCUCACCAAGGCUGCAUAUAUUUAAUCAAAGGGACA